UUAGAAAAAUAAUUUCCCUGCCAUCUCCCAAACGGUAACGGCUCCUAGAAGUUUCUGCGGAAGCCCAAAGUGGAAGAAGAAACGUACCUACUACUUUUCUAUUCCAACUUAUCCCUCCUUCUCUCUGUCCGUCUUCAGCUAUGGCUCCUGAUGCUACUCAUGCUCUUGCAGUUAGAGAAAAGGUUCAGAAGUUUCUGCAAGCUGCCUGUUCUGGGGAUGUUGAGCUCUUCAAGAAAUUGGCAAAGCAACUGGAUGAUGGGAAAGGGUUGGCUGGUACGGUGGCGGAUGUAAAGGAUGCUAACAAAAGAGGGGCAUUGAUUUUUGCCGCUAGGGAAGGCAAGACUGAAUUGUGUAAGUACUUGGUGGAAGAGCUGAAGGUCGAUGUCAAUGAAAAAGAUGAGGAAGGUGAGACUCCUGUUCUUCAUGCUGCUAGGCAUGGACAUACUGCUACUGUCCAGUAUCUCAUAGAACAGGGUGCAGAUCCUGCAACACCCAGUGCCUCGGGGGCAACAGCUUUGCAUCAUGCUGCAGGAAAUGGACAUAUUGAAGUGGUUAAAUUGUUAUUGUCAAAGGGUGUAAAUGUUGACUUCCAAAGUGAUGCUGGAACACCACUUAUGUGGGCUGCAGGUCUUGGCCACGAAGAUGUUGUUGAGGUUUUGCUGGAACACCGUGCUAAUCUUCAUGCUCAAACAGAUGAUGAUAACUGUCCUUUGAUAUCAGCUGUAGCAGCUAAUUCAUUGCCUUGCGUGGAACUGUUAGUAAAGGCAGGGGCUAAUGUCAAUGUUAAGGCUGGUGAUGCAACUCCUUUGCUCAUUGCUGCUCAUAAUGGCAGCACAGAAAUCAUUAACUGCUUACUUCAAGCUGGAGCUGAUCCUACUGCGGCUGAUGAGGAUGGUAACAAGCCAAUACAACUUGCAGCUACAAGUGGCAGUCGGGCAGCUGUUGAAGCUUUAUUGGCCGUCACACCACGUAUUCAGAGUGUUCCAGAAUGGAGUGUGGAUGGAGUUAUUGAGUUUAUGCAAUCUGAAUAUAGGAGAGAACAGGAAAGAGAAGAAGCUGGGAGGAAAGCAAACAAGUCAAGAGAAGCUUCUAUUCCAAAGAAAGAUUUACCCGAGGUGACUCCUGAAGCAAAGAAGAAAGCUGCAGAAGCAAAGGCGAGGGGAGACGAGGCAUUUAAGAGGAAUGAUAUUGCUAUGGCGAUAGAUGCUUAUACGCAGGCAAUCGAUUUUGAUCCAACUGAUGGCACUCUGUUUUCCAAUAGAAGUCUUUGUUGGAUCCGCAUGGGGCAAGCUGAACAUGCCUUAAGUGAUGCCAAGGCCUGCAAAGAACUUAGACCAGAUUGGGCAAAAGCUUGUUAUCGGGAAGGCGCAGCUCUACGUCUACUACAGAGGUUUGAAGAGGCAGCCACUGCUUUCUAUGAGGGCGUACAUCUCGACCCUGAAAGUAAGGAGCUUGUAACUGCUUUCAGGGAAGCUGUUGAAGCCGGUAGAAAAUUUCAUGGCACGGAUAAGAAUAGUUUGUCGUCAUCCAAGAGCUAGAAAGCACAUGACAGAACCUGCAGUCACUUCUUUUGCUGGGCAAUAGGGAUUUUCGCUGGAGCAAGCAGAUAAUAUUAUCGGACAUGCCCUUUUUUUGGUAGUUACAAAAUGUAUCAUGUUGAUGUUUUGCCUGAUAGCGAUUUGUUUGUUUGCAUUUACCGCAUUUUAUAGACAGUUUUUGUUAGAACCUAGAGGAUCUACCAUGAUAUAAAUUCUUUAAGCUUUUUGAGGUCAAGUUUUCACGCUUUUGAGUAAAA